GCGCACACAGUGCCCUCUAACUUAAACCACGGUGGUGGUCGACUUCCGUCUUCUCCGUUGCAGUUUUCUUUUUGAUCUUGGCUUUGGGGGUUCUAAGCCAUGGGUCGCGUAAUUCGUGCGCAGCGUAAAGGUGCGGGAUCAGUUUUCCGAUCUCACACCAAGAGAAGGAAGGGAGCGCCGAAGCUCCGCUCGUUGGACUUCUCCGAGCGACACGGAUUCAUCAAGGGUGUUGUAAAGGACAUUAUCCACGACCCUGGUCGUGGCGCGCCAUUAGCGAUGGUACAUUUCAGGGAUCCAUACAAGUUCAAAACGCGAAAAGAAUUGUUCAUUGCACCAGAGGGAAUGUACACCGGCCAAUUUUUGUAUUGCGGGAAAAAAGCCAAUCUUCAAAUUGGAAAUGUGAUGCCUGUUGGUCAGAUGCCGGAAGGUACAAUUGUCUGUAACUUAGAAGAGAAAACUGGCGACAGAGGCCGAUUGGCUAGGGCUUCUGGUAAUUAUGCCACAGUGAUUACUCACAAUCCCGAUACCAAGAAGACCAGAGUCAAGUUACCCUCUGGCGCAAAGAAGGUUAUUCCCUCUAACAACAGGGCUAUGGUCGGAAUUGUUGCCGGUGGUGGACGUAUUGACAAACCUAUUCUGAAAGCUGGCAGAGCUUAUCACAAAUACAAGGCAAAGAGGAAUUGCUGGCCUAAGGUUCGUGGUGUUGCUAUGAAUCCUGUGGAGCAUCCUCACGGUGGUGGUAAUCACCAGCACAUCGGUAAAGCUUCCACUGUCAAACGUGGAACCAGUGCGGGUCGCAAGAUCGGUCUCAUUGCUGCUCGUCGUACGGGUAGAAUUAGAGGAGGCAAAACCGAUACGAAGAAGGACGAUUAGACUAAAUGUCAAAAUUCUGGCAUAUAUUAUAUAACAAAACGUGUUUAAAAAACAA